CAUUGCAAUGUUUAUCUCCAUUUUCCACUUGCAUUUGUUUAUUGCUCAAAAAGUGCGAUCUACAGUUCUCCGUGUAUCAUUAGCGCAUUGUUUGAUAUUGUUUUGCAUCUAGCAAAUAAUGUCCAAUAUUCCACCGGUUAACUCGAGAGUUUAUGUUGGUGGUUUGGGAGAACAGGUCAAGUUGGAAGAAUUUGAAGAACUCUUCAAAGACUGCAAGCCGUACCAAGAUUUGACGCUCUUGCGCGGAUUCGGUUUCAUACAAUUUCACACUGAACAAGCGGCACAAGCUGCCAUUAAGGCAAUGAAUGGAAAAAUGUUCAAUGGACGGAAGCUGAUGGUGAAGGUAGCCAACGAUAAUCGUGCAAAGAAGGGACUGCUUCCUCGGGGAGCUGCAGCUCCUAACGUGAAAACAAAUCCACCAGGAGCUCCUGUCCGGGACCGUUCGCCUGUUGAAAUGAUACAUGCGCUCAAACGUGGAUACCUUCCACUCCAGUAUAGUGUAGCUGAUUUGAGUAGCGUAUACCCUGAAACACCGAUUGGCCAAGCUCCGCUUCGUGGAAUCGAGAGCAAUGAUUGUGAAAUCAUAGUCGUAAACAAAGAGCUAACGCCGUAUGCGGAGCUUAUCGAGGCUCGUUUAAAACGUGCCGGAUUGAGCGUCGAUCUACUGUUUCCCAACAAUGAUGUUCCGAUUGGGAAAGUGCUAGCAAACAGGGCAUCUCAAGGUACAUACUAUUGUAUAGUCAUCACGCCCGAAAACCAAGAGCGCAACAGCAUCACCGUUAAUGUUUUGCACGGUAUACCUGCGGAACAUCGUAACAUGCCUACAGAUGAUGCCAUUAAUUUCGUUAUAAAGAAUUUUAACGAAAAAAUAAGACACGAUCUGAACCCUCACAGCCUAUCUGCUUACCACCAUGCGGCACCGGUAGCGCCUCCAUCAUCACAACCAGUACAGUUGCACGCAGAACCGCCACAAACGCAGGACAAGCACCCGGAGGCGAUACAAAACAUGAUCAACCUGCUAGCCGCAAAUCGUCCACUGACCGUGUUGCAGUACGAAAGACUGAUCAAGUAUCUAACCGAACGAAAAGAAUUGCAGAUAAGGUUGGAACUCGGAGAGGAUGCGGAUACCUCGACCGCAACUUCAUUAAUACCGCCAAUUAUAUCGCCUGCUGCUCCGGUAAAAUCCAAGCAGGAAACGGAGAGAGAGCUUCAAAAGAAAAUUUUGGACAUCAUGAACAAGCCAUCCAUUAUAGGAGUUGCGAAGUCAGCAGCUUCAAACGACAACAUUAAUAAUGAAAGCAGGUUGAAUACAAAUUACUUACCAACUUCGCGACUUCUUCACGACCCAAAGGUACAACGCGCACUAGACUCGCUGCUACAGAGUCAGCUGCUUUCGAAUGUAGGAUACAAAAUGUAAGCAGAAUUGAUAUUUCACUACAUCUUAAUGCAUUCUUACUCCAAAUAACUGUUUUAUCAAAGAAGUAUCUGAAAACGUUAAUCAAUAAAGCGUUUUGCUUCUUUCCGUCGAA